AUGACUGAACCUUGUGCGCGUUCGGGCUGCUACGAUUUGGCGCUUUUGGUAUUGCCGGUGUGCGAUUUUUGCCAGAAGCGGUACUGCACGACUCACAUCCUGCCGGAGGUUCAUGGCUGUGGGGACGCCUGCAAAAAGGCCUCACAGCAGCGCGCAGCCGAGGCCGCAGCCCUGCAGAUGAGGAAUCUCCGGCUUUUAAAUAAUCAGGAGGCAAGACAACGCUUGGCAAAGCGAUUAGAGGAAAAUGAGGCCGCGCGGCGAAAAAAGCCUCCGAAAUGCAAGGAAAAGAAGGGUGGGAGAAGCUAA